CCCCUUUCUCCUUCUCCCUCUUCUUCUUCUUCUUCUUCUUCUUCUUCUCACCAUUAAUCCACUCCCUAGAUCUCUCCUCCUCCUCUUCUUCUUCUUCUUCUUCAAAAGGCAAAAGCAAAGCAAAGUGAAAGUGAAAAGCAGAGAAAAACAGAGGAGGAUGAAGAUACAGUGUGAUGUGUGCAACCAUGAACCAGCCACACUCUUCUGCUGCGCCGAUGAAGCAGCACUCUGCUCCUCCUGUGACCGCCACAUCCACCGCGCUAACAAACUCUCCAUCAAACACCACCGUCUCCCUUUCCUCUCCCCUUCUCCUUCUUCUCCUUCUCCUCUCUGUGACAUCUGCCAGGACAAGAAAGCCUUCAUCUUUUGCCAACAAGACCGAGCAAUCAUCUGCCGAGACUGUGAUGCCGCAAUCCACACCAACAACCAUCUCACCGAGAACCACUCCCGUUUCUUCCUCACCGGCGUCCGUAUCUCCUCUUCCCCUGCUCCAAACUCCUCCUCCUCCUCCUCCUCCUCCGACCAGCCGGAGAAACACACCAACGCUACAAGCACUAGCAGCAGUAGCUUCUCGGAUUAUCUCAUUAAGACGCUGCCGGGAUGGAAAGUCGAGGACUUGCUCGUCGACGACGCCGCCGAGGCCGCCGCCGCCCACUUCCAGGUGGAGGACCUCGCCGACGAGAUUCCCAGCUGGGCGGCGCCCCACGUUCCUCAAUCUCCGGCGAUCUGUUUCUCCGACGCCGCUGCCGCCGUCGCUGCAGUCAAGCAAGUGAACAGUACUACUCAUAGCAAAAGACAGGCCAGUGAUGAUGCUUUUAGAGUACCGCAACUCUCUCCGGCGAUCGCCGGCGGUCAAAACAAGAGACAGAGAACCUCUGUGGCCCCUUUUCCUACUUCUUCUUCUUUUUCUUAUCCUUUGUUUUGGUACCAUUGAGUUCAAAGAUCAAAGCUUUGCAUGUUGGUGCUCUGUUUUUUGUUCCAUGUGGAAGUGCAAUGAAGGUCUUGGAAAUGGCGUCCAAUGGAUUUGUUUAUUAUUAUUAUUAUUAUUUAUUUGUUACUUAUUAUUUAUUGGUGAAUUCCAUGAAUGCAUGUAUGAAGAUCUGAUUCUUGGUGGGUUGCAGUCUUGUAGACAAUGAA